AAAGGGUAACAUUAGUAGAGGGCACUAACUGGACUGGAUCCUCUUUAGCAUUGUCAUACCUAAAAUGGCAGCAACCAAGGUAAGCUUGAAGCUUUCGAUAGACAAAAAGAGCCAGCGUGUGCUCUUUGCUGAAGCAGACAAGAAAUUUGUUGAUUUCCUCUUUAGCAUUUCCACUCUGACGGUCGGAACUGUCACUAAGCUCUUACAGAAGCAAAACAUGUUAGGCUGCUUGUAUAGCUUGUACGAGAGCAUAGAGAAUCUGAGAGAAAUAUUUUACAUUCAGCCGGACCAAGACAAACAGUUUCUGCUAAAUCCAAAAGUAGCCAUUUCUGGUGCUGAAAUCCCUCUCCUCUUGCCAAGCGUUGUGCAGUCAAAUUCAUCCAGGAAAAUUUAUAGGUGUAAAAGCAACCACGGCUACGUGUCUCUUGACAAGAGAUCAAUUUGUCCUGAGUGCAAGAGUUCAAUGACCAUGGAGGUAAGUUACGUAGACCCACCAAGCGAUAUCAAGGCAUCGACCUCCUCUAUUAAUGAGGGAGGUUACGUGAAAGAGUUGAUUACUUACAUCGUAAUGGAUGAUCUGGACGUGAAGCCCAUGUCCACCAUCUCUGCUAUCACUUUACUUGGCAAAUUUGAUGUCAGGGACGUAGGGGCUGUUGUGGAGAAGGAGGUCGAUUUCGGCAUGGAUGAGGCUGUGAGAUUGCUCCUGGCUUCUUUCAAAUCGAAGACUGUUCUAACUGAUGUCUUCCUUCGGAAGGAUGGGAACCAUACUGUCAAUGACUGUACGUAAGUGAAUGGAGGCACUGUUGCUUGUUAUUGGUCUACUAUUUCUAAUUUUCUACUACCAACAACAACAUGCUCUGUUAUCAAAGGUUUGGAUUAGUUCAGCGCGCAAAUCAUCAAGGAUUACGUUUCUGAUGGCAAUGAAUUAAUUGUUAUCAAGUGUCUUUUAUCUCCUGAUCUUUUAGUUGUUUUAUUAAUUUGUUGUUCAAGUCCAACUCUGUUUUAAAGUUCAACUCUGUCAGAGUUCAAUUAAAGUGCAACGUUGUUUU